AACAUGGCGGCGGAGCACAUCGGCGAGUUGGCAAGCAUGGAAAACUCGAAUCGAGGCGCUCGACCCGGUUUCUGCAGCGAGAAAUACUCCCUGCUGGUGAUCGUUGGACAACCCGGCCCGGCGGGAUUCGUGGAUUUACUGGUGUCGGAGAUUGAGAGAGGUUUGCGCUCAUGGGAUGUGGACUCGAGCGCCUGCAACAUUGAUGAACAGCUCAAACUCUUCAUUUCAAGACACUCCGCUUUCUUCUCUGAAGACCUCAAAGGCCAGAAGACGCUGCAGCACAGCGGGGAUGUGCUGGAGACACAGGUGAUCGUAAACCCGUCUCGCGAUUUGGUUUGUUCAGAGGUUCGCCGACUCAUUUCUGAUACGUCUCUUCACAAGCUGCUAAUUCUUGCUGGACAAUGUGUUGAAGAGACUGGAGACCUUGUGUUACAAACAGGGUCAUUCUCAUUAGAGGAUUUCAUCCAGAUAUUUACAGAUGAAGAGAUUGGAGAUCUUCUGAGCUCUGCAGAUCCUACCCAGAAAGCCUGUCUAACUCUGAGCUGCCCCGAAUCUGGCAAAUGGAAAACCGCUCAGCUAGAAAAGCAUAAUUUGCAAGAUUACAUAGAAAUUAAAACCAACCCCCCAUUAGUGCUCCCCGAGAUGGAGGGCCUUCAUGAGUUCACUGAGUAUCUCUCAGAGUCUCUUGAACCACAGUCGCCAUUUGAUCUGCUUGUGCCACCCAGUACAGUAGGCUUUUUGAAACUGUCCCGUCCCUGCUGCUAUGUGUUCCCCGGAGGACGAGGCGACAGUGCCUUUUUCGCUGUGAAUGGUUUUAAUGUCUUAGUCAAUGGGGGGUCUGAUGCUCGAUCCUGUUUUUGGAAACUGGUGAGGCAUCUAGACCGAGUUGACUCCAUAUUGCUUACCCAUGCUGGGGUAGAUAAUUUACCUGGUAUAAACAGCCUACUUCACAGAAAAGUGGCUGAACAAGAAGAAGAACAGUCCGCUGGAUCACAGAGCAGCGAAGACUGGCAGAAGAAUCUUAUAUCUCCAGAAAUAGGUGUUGUAUUUUUCAAUGCAUCAGAAAGACUCAAACAAUUGCAGAGUGACCCCAGGAUCCUCAGAAGUUCUGAUCAGGUUUCUCUAACAUUACAGCAUUUAGAAAAGUUGUCAGUAAUUCCAGAACAGCUCAGUCGAUCUGCCGGGCCAACAAUUGACCCGGUAAUUCUUUUCCAAAAGAUGGGUGUAGGUCGACUAGAUCUUUAUGUGCUCAAUCCAGUCAAAGGUAGCAAAGAACUAGAGGCUUUCUUGCAAACUUGGCCUGCAAGGUCUUCAAAUAUAAAACCCUCAGAUAUUCCUCUCGAGAGUAUGGUGUCUAUAUGUGCGCUGUUGGUGUGGCAUCCAGCUAAUCCUCGAGAAAAGAUUAUCAGGGUUUUGUUUCCUGGAUGCACUCCACAGUCCAAGAUCUUUGAAGGUUUAGAGAGACUAAAGCAUCUAGAAUUCCUCAAACACUCAGUAGUUAGUUUGAAGGACCUUGAAGCAUCCAAAUUGGAUAAACAGCCAAAGCGCGCCAGCAGCAAGGAAAGCCUUAAGAGUAUUUCCAAAGAAUCUCGAUCUGGUAGUGCCUUACUUAAAGACAAGGUAGUCAAAGUAGAUCCGAAAAAGCAAGACACUAAAACAAAGACUAAACCCACUAAUGAAACGGUUCACAAAGAGGGCAAGGAAAGUGAGGAAAAGGCAAAGCCAAAAGAUGAUGUGAAGCUGAGACCUAAGACUGCUGAAAAGCAAGUAGCUAAGAAAGAACCAGCAAAAGAUGAGAAAAAGGAAGUGAGUAAGAAAGAGGAAAAGCCGCCGACAAGUAUUGCAAAGAAAGAUGAAAAUGUUGAGAAAAAGAAAGAACCCUUGAAAAAAGAUCUUGGUGCAAAGCCCAAGAAAGAUAUUAUUAAACCUGAUCUAAAAAAGGAGAUUAAGAAAGAGGUCAAACCAGAAGACAAAAAAGCUACCAAACCUCUUGUCAAGGAUGUUAAGAAACCUGCUGGAAGUUUGCCUGGGAAUACAGAGUCUAGAAAGUCAGUUGGCAAGAAUGGCUCUCUAAAAAAAGACUUAUUGGUCUCUAAAAAGGAUCCUGUAACCAAAGGGAAGCCAAAGCCAGACAAAAAGGAGCCUGACAAUGUGAAGUCCUCAAGUGGGGACAACUCAAAGACAUCCACACCUGAGGACAUUUCUAAACAAUUAGAAAAGUUGAAGUUGGAUAAUGAACAUGGGUUCGUGCAGGAUGCUGAGGGAAACAAUAUGAGCUCAAGAACUGCCUCUGAGAAUAGUGCUGUGCAAGUGAAUGGCUCUAAAACUGGUACUGAUGAAAGUCCUGAGAAGUUUCGGAGUAUGGAAGGAACCCCUGGCUCAAACAACCCCUCUCCACUUACCAAGACUCCAAAGAGUGAGAGAAGUGUUAAUUUUGAUCUCACACCUACAGAGCUUGACGGAUGCCUCAAAGAGGAUGCCUGUACAAGCUCGGAUGAAAAAACACUUGAGUUAGUUUCUCCUACAGACUCUGGGAAGAACAUUUCAUGGCAUUCCCAUUACCCACAAUCCCCGGACAAUGCUUGUCUGGAUUCUGGUGAAGAUUGUAAGGUAGGCAUCAGGAAGUCUGGUCUCGCUGUGGAAGAUGGUCAAUUGGGAAUCUGCAAGAACUCUAGAAGCAAUAUUGAAACUAGCUCCAUAUCGUCACAAGAUCGACAAUCAAGCUUUCUCUCCUCAACUUCGUUUAAAGACUGCUCUCCCAGCAUCACUUCCUUCCCUGCGGAAGUAGGCUCUCCACACUCCACUGAAGUAGAGGACUCUUUAUCGGUUUCCUUCGAACAAGUGCCUGUUUGUCAUCCUCAAGAGGAGAUGGGUAGUCUAGCGUACACUAAUGGACAUCUAGUAGACCGUGACCCAAAAACAGAUAUGUCUUUACCUUUAAAAACAUCUCACAAUAGUCAUCACGCAUAUGAUGACUCUGAAAAUCACCUCUAUGGACAACAGAAUGACGUUCUGCCUCAUGAUGUCGAUCUAUGUCUGGUUUCACCUUGUGAGUUUAAACACCACAAAUCUCUGGAGAACCAACAGGGAUUGUCUUCGGAUGUUGCUGCCCCGAGUCCUGACCUCUCUCAGGAGCCGGUUAGAGAUCACCAAUCACAGGAGACCACAUCAUCUGUAAGCGUCUCGCUCAUUUCUGUUUCUGAUUCUGAUGUUCCGCCAGCCACUGAAGAGUGUCCUUCUAUUAGUGAGGAGUUGGACUCUGAAGAGGACACUACUAGUGAUUUGUUUCCACCUCAUCAUCCGAGCAGUCACUCAUUACACCACAAUUCCCAAGACCCUCCGCCUGCCCCAAUGAAGGAUUUACCGCCGCUGCCACCACAGCCCGGUGCCUGCAUGGCUGACCCUGAGGCUGACAGUCAGGGAAAGUCUUCCAAGAAUGUAACUGCAAAGACUAAAAAAACGGCAGCUGCUCCCACAAAGACGGGAUCUGCUAACACUGUAACACAGACUGGGAAGACAAAGAUUGGUGGUCCGGUGUCUGCAACUGGGACUAUUCGCGUAACAUCGAGUUUAGACACCAGACCUCCAUCCCGCAGUGCUAUUGGUGGAUCUAGGCCAACAUCUUCCAAGUCCUCCUCCAGUUGUGUGAGUGUAAGUUUGGGUUCAGCGCCCGUCUGUUUGGACUUGGCAUAUUUGCCCUCCGGCUCUGCAGCUCAUACUGUGGAUGUGGAGUUUUUCCGGCGCCUCCGCUCGUCCUGCUAUAUAAUUAGUGGAGAUGAGCCACACAAGGAGACCGUCAUGAGGUCUAUUCUGGACUCCCUGCUGGAGGGCAAAGCGUCCUGGCCCGAUGUACAGGUGACUCUGAUCCCCACAUUCGAUUCCCUGUCGAUGCACAACUGGUACCAGCAGACCCACGAGCGCCAGAAAGAUCUCUCCAUCACCGUCCUCGGCAGCAACAGCACCGUGGCCAUGCAGGACGAGACCUUCCCAGCAUGCAAAGUGGAGUUUUAGCCAACCGCACGGCCGCCUGUCACUACAGCACUUCUCUGCGCUCGGUCCAUACACUCGUUUUAUCUCCGCAUCCGUUCAUCCCUCAUGACUGUCGUCUGCAGCAUCCACAUAAAUUAUUACAGAUUCUGCAUGAACAGGGUUGACUCUUGCCUUUUGUAUAGCCAUUUUUUUUAGCAGAUAUUUUAUGUAAUCCAAUGCAUCUUGUUGGAUAUCUAGCAUGUCGGACAAGUUUCAUCAGCAGUUUCUCAUGGUCCUACAUUACAUUUUGCACAGAAGAUACACAUUGGGAAAGUACAAUAGAGUUUGACUGGAUUGGGUUAGCUUUGACUGCACUAAAUGUUAGUUGGAGAAUUGGGCCAAUUAAAGUAUUAUAUUUUUGUUUAACAGCAGUAAAAGAACAGAAACUGAGCCUUGCCGUCUCUGUAAACAUGUCACUAAUAUACCGGGACAUUAGUUUGUACCAAAAAUAGAUAUUUCAGAUUAGAAGCUUCGACGGAAAGUGUGGUUUCAGAGUAUUAGGCUGGUUCAGUGUAUCGAAUACAAACACUAUGUGAUUAUUUUUGUGAGACUCAUAUUACAGUAUGUAGUGAAAGCCAAUAUCCUGCAUUUAUUUCGAGUGGAAAAUAGCCUAGGUUUUUAUUAUUUUGGCCACUUAUUUGUUUUUUUGGUUCCAAGAUGAACGCCUUAUUGUUUUGCCAUCAUCAAUCAACACUAAGCAUCAGCACGUCAUUCAUAUCACUUGAUUAGAUCACUUGGCUUUGAUUUGCUGAAUGUCAUGCUAAGAGCUCAAACGCUGAGCAUAUCAUCACUGCUAUAGCUGCUGUAGUUUCUACUGAAUAAAGGGUUUUAAUUCCGGUCAGGAUCUGCAGAUUUUUCCAGGACACAUCCUCCUCAUUAUUUUGGAUCUUUAUAAACUUGUUAGUGUUAAUGCUUUACCUUUUCAGAAUUGCACUUUUAUUUAUUUUAGUUUUUCUUUUCUGAGCCGAUUCUUAUUUUUAUGAGGUACAACUACUUUGUUUUGCAUUUUUUUUGUUGUUUAAAUGCAUUUUGUUUCAUAAAUAUAUAUUCCUUACAAGAAGUGACCAGCCAAAACGAUAAACCAAUAUUACAGCAAAUGUGUGCUUGAUGUCACUAAUAAAUCUUUCAAAGCUGAAUUUCGAAAUUGAAGCACAUUUUUAAAUGACAAAUAAAGCUGAUAAGUUAAGAA